CGCCGCCCGGUGUGUGCGGGGCCCGGCCGCUGCCGGCUUCUCCCCCCCGGCGGGGCCAUGGCCGCGAGCGCCAAGCGGAAGCAGGAGGAGAAGCACCUCAAGCUGCUGCGGGAGAUGAGCAGCCUCCCGCCCAACCGCAAGUGCUUCGACUGCGACCAGCGCGGCCCCACCUACACCGACAUGACGGUGGGCAGCUUCGUGUGCACCUCCUGCUCCGGCAUCCUGCGAGGUUUAAACCCACCCCACAGGGUUAAAUCUAUCUCCAUGACCACAUUCACGCAACAGGAAAUAGAAUUUCUGCAGAAACAUGGAAAUGAAGUAUGUAAACAGAUUUGGCUAGGAUUAUUUGAUGAUCGAUCAUCAGCAAUUCCAGACUUCAGGGAUCCACAGAAAGUUAAGGAGUUUCUACAGGAAAAAUAUGAAAAGAAAAGAUGGUAA